AUGAACUCGGUGGCUGGGGCAUCAAAUGUGAUUGUGAUAUCGCGAGGGAAGGGCAAAGAAAAAGUGCAACAGCCUGUAGACUUGGAGGAACUGGUGGGAACAACCCAAGAGAAGAAGAACUGGCGAGGCAUCAUUAUUGCACUGCUGGUCAUCUUGACCGUCAUAGCCUUGAUAGUUACUGCAACCAUACUCGUUACACCGAAGACAGUGGAUGAGAUCGUAAAGAAGAAGCUAGACUUUAGAGGAUUCAUCAAAGGCGAUUACGAACCAAAAACGUUCAAUCCUAUUAUGCUUAAAGAGGAAAUACUGCGUUCCAAUGCGGCCUUCUGGUUCUCUCCCGACGGCUCGUUUAUCCUUUACGCCUCUUUUGACGACAGAGAUGUGAUGACGUACGAAAUUUCAAUGUAUGACGUCACUGGUGACGAAUUCGGCAGAACUGAACAUUUGUCUUAUCCGAAGCCAGGAACGCCAAACCCGAAAGUAGUGCUAAAGGUCGUCCAUUUAAUUUCUAACACAACAUCAGCGAUUCCGGUUCCAACUGAGAUCCAAAACAUCGAUUACUACUUCACUGCCGUCACGUGGCAGGAUGAUAGUCACGUUCUGGUCGCGUGGAUGAAUCGUGCGCAGAACAUGUCAAUUUUAUCACUAUGUGAGGCUAAUGGAGCCUCGUGCAAAAAGAAUUUGAGAGUGGAAUCACCAACGGGUUGGGUCGACCUGUUUCGCCCCGUGGUGUUCAAGCCGGAUGGUAGCAAGUACUUCCUGCUCUUGCCGCAAACCGACGGCGCCGCCGGCAGCUUUCAGCACAUCGCCAUGGUUGACUACGACAGCGACAUAACGGGAAAAUAUAGCGAUGGUUCCAAAACAUUUAUAACAGCAGGACAGUGGGAUGUAUUUGACAUUGUUGGAUACGACAAUAGCCGCGAGCAAAUAUAUUUUACCGCUACAAAUAUGGACGACCCGACGGAGAAGCAUUUAUAUAGAGCGACGGUUCAAAAAGACAGCCCUUACUUCAAAUCGAUUAAAUGCUUGUCUUGUGACAUCUCGAAUGACUGCAAGUACGUUGACGCUACGUUUACGCCCUCUGGAAAAUACUACAUACUUGCCUGCAAAGGGCCCGGGAUUCCUAUAUACUAUCUUUACUCCACUGAAAAUGGAUUAGUGUCAGUCCUCGAGGACAACGCGGACUUGCGGACCAAACUGGAAGACUACUCCUUGGCUGUGGAGGAGUUCCUUAAGCUUCCCAUCGACAAAGAGGAGACCGAUCACAUGUGGGUGAAAGUUUUAUUACCCCCAGUACUUAGGAAGGAAGAAAUAACGACAUACAACAUUUUAUUUAAAGUUAAUGGUUCACCUGGAACGCAGCUCGUCACCAAGGAGUUUAAUAUUGGCUGGGAGCAGUACCUGUGCAGUUGUCAUAGCGUUAUAAUUGUGUUUGUCGAUGGGCGUGGUUCUGGGGGGCGUGGCAAAAGGUGGAUGCAUGCCGUGUAUAAACAGCUGGGCCAACUGGAGGCGGAUGAUAUCAUUACCGCUGCUAAUCACUUUAAUAACCUACAUUAUGUGAACGAAAAUACCACUGUAUGGGGCGCAUCCUACGGAGGGUUUCUGACGGCGUCCGUUAUAGCGCGCGCAUCGAAUGCGUUUCGUUGUGGUAUGGCUGUUUCGCCGGUAACAGAUUGGCGUUACUAUGAUUCCGUUUUUACUGAGCGUUACAUGGGACUUCCUACAGCCAGUGAUAAUCUUGGAGGCUAUAAUGCGGCGAACAUAUCAAAAUAUGCAUCCAACUUCAAGUCCGCUAGAUUUAUGAUUAUACAUGGAACCGGUGAUGAUAACGUACAUUUCCAGAAUUCUGCUCAACUUAUAAAAGCAUUAGUGGAAGAAGAUGUAUACUUCCGCCAACAGAUAUACCCCGAUGAGAACCAUUUUCUAAACGGGAAAAGCACCAAAAUCCAUCUGUAUAACACCAUGGAGGACUUCAUACUGCAUUGUUACGGCAAACCGAAAAGUAUAAUUGAGUUCAUCAGUGAGCCGUCUGAGAAAGAUGUGGAUCCACCUGAAGAAGAGGAAGUCGAAUGAACACAACUGAGUCGCGUU